AUAAUAAUAAUAAUAACCUUGCGGCAGUGGAGUCUGCCCCUGCUCCCGUCCUCCCUUCUGAGGCCUUUUCCGACCUAAUUGAACCAGCUGCCACAGAUACCGCAGAACUAGAAACUGACACGACCGCCUCCGCAGAUUUACCCACUGUAUCCCUUCUGAACAGUGAUUCCAGUACCAAUGUAAUCCAUAGUCAGGCCUCUAGCGAGGCUGAUUGUUCAGCUCAUUCCUGUCCAAAAGCCUCCCAGGGGGACACCGGUAGUUCCUUGCAGCCGGCCUCCACCAACGAAUCUGGUCCCGAUACCGACUGCAAUGGCCAAUUCGAACUUGACAGUAGUUCCCACCAAUCGGAAGCGGAAAAGGAGAACAAUGUGGACGCGGCUCCGCCAAUCAGGCAGUCGCCCUCUCACCGGAUAGUAGACUCGCAUCAGAGUGGUAGUGAUGAUGGCGAUCACAGUAAGGCCUCAUCUGAACUAUCCACCGCCGUUGGGAUUUUCUUCGAUCCCAUAGUCCACUUUAUUGCUGUUGUCGAACUGAAAUUUGUACACAAUUGCAUAGGCUUGCAUCCACAGAUAGUUCCUAGUCCUGUUGACCAAGCACUGAUUAGUGUACCACCGCCUUUGCCCUCGUCUUCCGCGCCGCCCUCAUCUUCCUCCUCUGCAACCAGCAUAACCGCUCUCCCUGCUGUUACCUCUGAACAGCCAACCCAUUUUGCAAUAGAAGACGACGAAGAAGAGGCGGCUAGACAGCAAUUACUUGCCACAUCCUCAUCAUCGGCUACUUCCGCCGACCCCAGCGAUAAGGAGGAUAGCGUGAGCUCUGCUAGCCACGAAAACAACGCCUUCGAGGACUGCAAUUCCAGCGCAAUGUCCUCCAGUUCGCGUCUAACGCGCUCCAGCAGCCGUCUCCUGCAGAUGGAGGGGGAAGCCGAAUCCAUAAGUACUCUUUGCUCCCCCCCCCCUCCCAUGAUGCCAUCUUUCUUGAUAGUCUGUCCGCCUUUCUCUAGAUUGCCAAGCACCCGAACCACUCGGUCGACUAGAGAAUCGCUCAGCAACAACAACAACAAGGAGAAACAGAAGACCGAGUCAGACAAUAGCUCCGAAACAAACGAAGACAAUGAGGAUGGUGAUGAUGUUGUGGGCUCAAGGAAGCCAUCUGCUCGCCGACAGCGCACACGCAUUCCCUCUAUCAAGCGCGCCCGACGUCGUGUGCAUGAUGUCUCCUCCUCCAGCGAUUCCAAGAUCGAUGCUGCUGCAGAGGCAUCCGCGGAUGACGUUGAGGUAAUUGAUGACGAGGAGGAUGGGAAGGCGAAGCCGAAGGAAGAAGCGGAGGGCGACAAUGACCUUGACUCCGAUGGUGAAGGGAAACGGGGCCGAAAACGUAUACGAAGGAUCAUCAAGGCAAAGGCCCUGUCCACCGAGACGAAAACUGCCGAAGCUCUCGAACGGGAACGACGAAAACGUUUAGAGGAGCGUCAAAAGUUUGUGAGUCAGGCGAAUUUGCAUGAUUAUUAUGCACUAGGUUUCAAUCGAUUUUUUUCAACUAUAAAUGAAACACAAAACCUACGAAUCGUCUUGUUAUUCAACAGUUUGCCCCAGAGACAAGGCCUAGAUGAAUAUUAG